AUGGCGAAGGCGACGGCGAAGCCUCCUGAGCUGGUGAAGUUCUCAGGCGUGGGUGGUGCUGCCAUUCUCUUCAUGUGGCUGGGCAUGACGGCGGGUGGGGGAGUCCCGGGUCUAGGCUCGAUGGCGCAGGGGCUGGGCAUUUUCUCAGUCCAUUCCGUCGUCACUCAGGAACUGGCACCUGAAUCAGACCAAGUUCAACAAACUGCCCAAGACACUGGAGAGAUUUUUACAGAUUCGGGUGCUUCACAGGAUGGCAAAAGUGCAGAUAAAGGGAAAGAAAAGGAUAAGGAGAAGAGUAAAGACCCUGAAAAAGAGAAAGGGAAAGAAAAAAAUGCGGAUAAGAAAGGAGACACUGAAAAAGAGAAAUUAAAAAGUAUCGAAGGGACAAAUUUAGAUGCCUUAUUGCAGAGGCUUCCAGGUUGUGUGUGCAGUGAUCUUAUAGAUCAAUUGACAGUAAAUAUACUCCUGAGUCCCUGUUCUUUGUUACUAUGA